AUGGACGCGGCGCGGAGGGAGAGGAGGCACCACCGGAAGGCUGCCGCCGCGGCGGCGGGAGCGGGGGGCGUUGGUGGCGUGGGAGGAGGAGGAGGAGGAGUGGCGGCGGCGCGGGCGGCGUACGGGGACGUGUUCGGCGGGCCGCCGCGCUUUGCGGCGCCGUUGGGGGGCGCGCCGCUGGACUACGCCGAGGUGUUCGGCGGCGUCGCGGCGACCUGCUCCAUCCCGUACCUCGACCUGCCGCCCGCGCCCUCCGGUGGCGGCGCCGGCGGCUUCUUCGCCUGCCGCGGGAAGGGGGACUACGGGGAGAUCUUCGGCCGCUUCGACUUCGCCGACUUCGCGCUGCCGUACGAGGACCUCUUCGGCGCGCCGCAGCACGAACCCGAGCCCCAGCCGGAGGCUGCCAGGGAGACGGACCCGGAGAUCGCCUCGUCCAGCGGGAGCUCCACCAGCAGAUCAUCGUUUAAAAAAGAAUCCAGCCAGCUGGAAGAUGAGCCUUCUAUACUUCCUCAACACUAUCAAAAUCUGGAUCAUUGUCAGCACUUUAAAGACCAUAAGUUUUCUCCAAUAUGCUUCUCUCCAGACACAGAAAGUCCACAGUUUGUGAUGUCAUAUAACAAAACUACUGAGAGGAGACCCGAUGAUCUAAUUGAGAUGACGACCUGCACAGCUAAACCUUCGUUGGACUUUGUAAUUGAUUCUCGCAAUUUGUCACAUGAUACAGCAAUCAAUCAUGUUUCAAGAAUUGACAACACAAUAGCCAAUGAUGGUAAUAAUAAGAACCCAAGCUCUGCUAACACGAGUGUGCGGAGUCCUGAGAGUGAUUUUGCAGUUGAUCAGAAGCAGCAAAGUCCAUCAUGGACACCUAUUUCUGGAAGUAUGUCUGUAAAUGAAAACCACAAGAACUCUGAUAUUCAUUCAACACGCAGUACUGUAACGCUUCCUGAUUAUGCGUUUCUUCGGGUAUCUGACAGUGAUGCACAGACACAACCAAUCAAAGUACAGCCAAUAUUGAGGCAGCAACCUAAACUGCUCAACAAGAAAGAGAUUGCAGCUAAAGGAGGCGUCAAUAUUGUAAACCACAAUUGCUCUUCAACUUCUGCUGCACAUACCACUUCAAGUAGCAACAUGCCUCACACUGACAAGAAAGUUGAUGCCAAUCCAACUUCUGCAUCAGCAGCUAUGAAGGAGGCAAUGGAUUUUGCUGAAGCUAGGUUAAAGGCUGCAAAAGCAUUGUUAGAGGGAAAAGGUGACAGUUUUAAGUUGCGGAAGAAGCCAAGUCAUCUAAGAAGCACAAGGUCUACGGAAAUCAAGUCUCCUUUUUCUGAAGAGGUCGAUACUUCCGAACAAAAACUAUCGGUGAAAAAGUCAUCGAAAGAAGAACAGAACCCUGAUGAUUCUUUGUUUGACAAGCAUAAAAAGUUAAGUGCAGUCAGAUUAGAUCAUUUCUAUGACAAUGGGAAAAAGGUACUUCCAUUGGAGAAGCCUCCGCACAUGGUGCAACACUGCACUGAGUCCUGUCAAACUUCCAGUAAACUAGAGAAACUAGGCAACUGGAAGUCAGGUAAUGACUUUUUUGAGCUAACCGGAGAUGAUCCUAAAUGCAAAACUGAUGAUGCCACAGAGGGAGGUGAUAAAUGCGAGCAAAUGGAUCCCAUUAUUAGUGUCAUCAAUCAUCAGAGGGAAACUGAAUUCAAUGCAGCAGACUCUGACUUGGACAGGUAUGAAAAACUAUGGGAGGUUAAUGAUGGCAGGAAUGUGGGGGUGAAACAUGUAAAUCUGAGGGAGGACAAGACAGCUCCAGUGGACAAAGAUGGGGUGUCUGUGAUGUUAGAACCUUCUACAGAAAAUAUGGCACACCAAAAGACUCAUAAUUCAAUUGGUGAGGGACUUGUAACACUGGAAAAUGCUAAGGAAAGACAUGAUACUGAUAAAUGUCUUGAGCUUCCUACAAGUGGAACCUCCACAAAGCUGGAUGUCUUCAAGGAUGUGUCAGGUUCAUUAGCAGAGGCCUGCUCAUCAGUAAAUGCCAGUGAUCUUAGAGACCAUGGUAAUAUUAGUCCAAAUGUAAGUCCAUUAGCAGGAACAUCAAUAGAGGCCACAAACAGUAAACUGGCACCAGAAGUAUCUUGUGAUGGCGGGAUGCAACACACUUCUCGGAGUAAUGAAAAGUUUCAGGAAUCCUCAGAUGUAUCUAAUGUUGCUAUUUCCCAGGGAAGUAACAUUAAAUCAUUGAUUUUAGAAGAACUUAAAGAAUCUGAUGUAUGUGAUGCUUUCACGAGGGGACCUAAUAGAAUUGAGCAGGAAGCUGGAACUUAUGGAAGAGAAAAAUCCAGCUUUAUUGAUGGAUCGCUCUUGCUGCCAUCACACUUCCAUAACAAAGGUGCCAAGAUAAAUUUAGUCUCUGAAAAAGUACAGAAAGUCGAAAUUGAGAAGAAAGUUGGUCCAUGUGCACACCCUGAAGUAACAAUUGUGGAUCUGGACGCUGAUUGUCCUAAAGAUGCGAAUGAUGAUAUUCUACAAAAUGAUAACUUUGCAGACCCAGAAGAAUCAAACAUGCUGAAUGUAUUUGAGGUAGCUAGCAAGUUGAUUAAAAGAGAACUGGAUCAAGAAAUGCAUGGGUCAUUAGGGCAUGGUGAAGAGGAGAACAUGGAAGAAGGAAUGGAUGCAUUUGUGUCUGGUAUUAAUGGCAAAGAAGCAGAUGAAACCGCAUUAGAAAAUAGUGAGUGGACAGGUACUGAAGAAGGAUCUGCUCGUUGUAACCAGGAGGACCAAAAUUCAUCUGAAAGCACCAACAGAGGAAAAAAUGAUGUAGAUGCAAAGUGUGAUACAGCUUGUGAUGAAGUUGGAUCUGAAUCCCUUUCAGGCGAUGAAGUUGUCAUCAAAGCUACAAGUGAUAGCACUGCCAGAACAAUUAUUAAUUCGAAAGAUGAGCUGGUUUUCUCUUCCGAAAUGUAUACUCGCAUGCAGCACUCAAUGCAGAAAGAUGAUACCACUGCUUCUCAGACAUCUUGGGAUGUUCCUGGUCUUGAAGAAACCGGAGAGGUUUCCAACAGAGGAGAAAAAGAAUUACCGACAGAAAGGUCUACAUGUGAAGAUCAUAGGAAGGCAAGCGUAAUGGAAGAAAAAGACACUACAGCAAGGAUAUCAAAGGCAGAGCAUGUACCAUCUCCCUUGGAGACAACGUGUGGUGUAACUAAAUCUGCUGAAGCUCCGACAUCAGUCCCUACUGGGACAUGGAAAAAUGAGGGACAUGGAGUUCAGACGACCAAAGAGGGGGAGAACAUGCCAACAGCAGAUAGUGCAUGUGAGAAGGACAAAGGGUCUUCUCAAAGUGUACACGAGAAAAAAGAAAACGAAAGGAGAUUGGAGAAAGAAAGAGAACUUGCUGAAGAGAAGGAAAGAAGGAAAUUGGAGAAAGAAAGAGAACUUGCCGAAGAGAAGGAAAGAAGGAAAUUGGAGAAAGAAAAAGAACUUGCCAAAGAGAAGGAAAGAAGGAAAUUGGAGAAAGAAAGAGAACUUGCUGAAGAGAAGGAAAGAAGAAAAUUGGAAGAGGUAGAAAGGGAGAGGGAACGUAAAAAGGAUAGACUUGCUGUUGAAAGAGCGACAAGAGAAGCACACGAGAGAGCAUUUGCUGAAGCUCGUGAAAAGGCAGAAAAGAUGACUUUAGAAAGAAUUAUUGCUGCACGGCAACGGGCAUCUGCAGAGGCCCGAGAGAAAGAAGAGAGAGCAAGUGUUGAAGCAGCUGCUGAAAGGGCUACUAGAGAAGCUAGGAUAAAAGCAGAACGUGCGGCAGUUGAGCGAGCGACUGCUGAAGCUCGGGAGCGGGCAAUAGAAAAGGCAAAGGCUGAGAAGGCUCUCGCAGAGGCAAGAGAACGGAGGGAACGAUACAAAUCCUCUUUCAAGGAGAGUUUUAAGUCCACCAAUCAGGAUAUUCGACAGGAGUCACAAUUUCAGAGGGCAGCUUCUAGUAAUUUCAUUCGAAACCCAGAUUCCAGCAACAGAGUGGCUGAGGUUGAGUCCGCUUUAAGACAUAAAGCAAGAUUAGAGAGGCAUCAACGCACAGCUGAGCGUGUGACAAAAGCGCUUGCUGAGAAGAACAUGCGGGACCUGCUAGCUCAAAGAGAGCAAGCAGAGAAACAUAGGUUGUCUGAAUUCAUGGAUCCUGAGAUCAAGAGAUGGUCAAAUGGAAAGGAAGGAAAUCUGAGGGCCUUGCUAUCCACAUUGCAAUACAUUCUUGGUGCUGAUAGUGGCUGGCAACCGGUGCCACUGACAGAUCUCAUUACAGCUGUUGCUGUGAAGAAAGCUUACAGGAAGGCAACCCUAUGUGUCCAUCCAGAUAAAUUACAGCAAAGGGGCGCUACAAUCAGACAGAAAUACAUUUGUGAGAAGGUUUUUGAUCUUCUUAAGAAUCAGUUCAGCAAAAAGAGCCCCAUUGCUCAGUUAAGCUUGAGGACCAAAGAGAGGGAAAACGUGACAACAGCAGAUAGUGCAUGUGAGAAGGACAAAGGAGGGUCUUCUCAAAGAGUACACGAGAAAAAAGAAAACGAAAGGAGAUUGGAGAAAGAAAGAGAACUUGCCGAAGAGAAGGAAAGAAGGAAAUUGGAGAAAGAAAGAGAAAUUGCCGAAGAGAAGGAAAGAAGGAAAUUGGAGAAAGAAAGAGAACUUGCUGAAGAGAAGGAAAGAAGAAAAUUGGAAGAGGCAGAAAGGGAGAGGGAGCGUAAAAAGGAUAGACUUGCUGUUGAAAGGGCGACAAGAGAAGCACACGAGAGAGCAUUUGCUGAAGCUCGUGAAAAGGCAGAAAAGAUGGCUUUGGAAAGAAUUUCUUCUGCACGGCAACGGGCAUCUGCAGAGGCCCGAGAGAAAGAAGAGAGAGCAAGUGUUGAAACUGCUGCUGAAAGGGCUACUAGAGAAGCUAGGAUAAAAGCAGAACGUGCGGCAGUCGAGCGAGCAACUGCUGAAGCUCGGGAGCGGGCAAUAGAAAAGGCAAAGGCUGAGAAGGCUCUCGCAGAGGCAAGAGAACGAAGGGAACGAUACAAAUCCUCUUUCAGCGAGAGUUUUAAGUCCACCAAUCAGGAUAUUCGACAGGAGUCACAAUUUCAGAGGGCAACUUCUAGUAAUUUCAUUCGAAACCCACAUUCCGGCAACAGAGUGGUUGCGGUUGAGUCCGCUCUAAGACAUAAAGCAAGAUUAGAGAGGAAUCAACGCACAGCUGAGCGUGUGACAAAAGCACUUGCUGAAAAGAACAUGCGGGACCUGCUAGUUCAAACAGAGCAAGCAGAGAGACAUAGGCUAUCUGAAUUCCUGGAUCCUGAGAUCAAGAGAUGGUCAAAUGAAAAGGAAGGAAAUCUGAGGGCCUUGCUAUCCACAUUGCAAUACGUUAUGAUCUGUUGCUUUGUUUUCCCUGGCAGAUUCUUUUGUGCUGAUAGUGGCUGGCAACCAGUGCCGUUUACAGAUCUCAUUACAGCUGUUGCUGUGAAUAAAGCUUACAGGAAGGCAACCCUUUGUGUCCAUCCAGAUAAAUUACAGCAAAGGGGUGCUACAAUCAGACAGAAAUACAUCUGUGAGAAGGUUUUUGAUCUUCUUAAGAAAAUGAAGCGGGGAAAAAGGAGAGGAGCUUUGCUCACCUGCUGCCACCUAUUUUUGCAGGAUGCUUGGAACAAGUUCACAUCAGAGGAGCGCUAG